AUGCCGCCUAAACUGUCCUUUCUGGACAUGCCUGCGCCGGCCGGGUACGUUCCCGGUCUUGGACGAGGCGCCACAGGAUUUUCUACGCGUGCUGAUCUCGGUUCAGCCCACCGAGCGACAGAUACCGAUAUCCCAGAUGAUCCUGAGCGGUUCAGAGACCCUGAUGAUGCCGGUAUUUUGGGCAGAGAGAGCGCGGAUGCCGACGACGAACUCGCCGACGAAAUUUACGCCCAGAUCGAUGCUCGAAUGGAGGAACGAAACAAGAAACGGCGCGAAAUCAGAGAGGAGAAGGAGCGCCAGGAGGAAGAGAAACAGGCCACAAUUGGAGGGAUGUUUGCGGACGCGAAACGGGCGCUGUCAGAGGUGAGUCACGACGAGUGGCUGAAUCUGCCUGAGAGUGGUGACCAGACUCGAAAGAACAAACGAGCUAGAAUCGAAGCGAGGGAAGGGCUUAGAAGCUACAACAUGAGUGAUUCAGUACUGGAAGGACUGAGAGGACGAGCGGAGAUUGGCGCUCAUGUGACUGAAACAGACGAUGGAAGCGUUACUCAUAUCAAGGCGAUCUCAGAUGCUCGUGACAAGAUUUUGGAUCUCAAGCUGAGUGGAAGAGAAACAUCUACCAGCAUUGAUCCGAGUGGAUACCUCACAUCUCUGAACUCGGAGAACUCGCAGUCAACUUCAGAGCUGGCAGAUAUAAAAAAGAUGACACCGUUUGUUGAAUCGCUCAUUCGAAGUAACCCCAAAAACGCUGCUGGAUGGAUUGCAGGUGUGAGAUUAGCAGAGCUCAAAAAGAAGCCUUCUCAGGCAAUUCAACUUGCUGCUCAAGGAUGUGAGAACUGUCCCACUAACGAGGAUGUCUGGCUGGAAAGUAUUCGAGUCAAUGAUAUGGUGAAUGCUCGUAUCAUUGCUGCACAAGCUGUCAAACGUCUCCCCGAAUCGGUGCGUAUCUGGGAGGCUGCAGCUGACUUGGAAACUACUGAGGAGGCCAAGAAACGAGUACUUCGAAAAGCUCUCACAUCCGUACCGCAAUCUGUGCAGCUGUGGAAGCAACUGGUCAACUUGGAGGACGAGGAACAUGCCAGAUUGCUUCUUAGACAAGCUGUGGUGAGUGUUCCUCUCAGCGUGGACCUGUGGCUGGCUUUGGCUCGUUUGGAGGACCACAAGGCUGCUGAAAAGGUGCUCAAUCGCGCCAGAAAGGCUGUUAGAACUGCUCCUGAAAUAUGGAUUGCAGCAGCUCGUCUGAGAGAACAGGUCAAUGGAGCACAAAAGGAGGUGGACAAAAUCAUGAAGAAGGGGGUUUCGGAGCUGGAGUAUCAUGGACGAGUGCUGUCCCGUGAAGAGUGGCUCACUCAAGCUCAUAUAUGUGAGAAAGAGGAUGCUCCGUUGGCAUGCGGAGCUAUCAUUCGCGCUACUGUGGCCCAGGGAAUUGAUAAGGAGCCAGAACAUGUUCAGAUUGACACAUUAUUGGAAAGUUCACGCGAUCUUAGCUACCCCGUUACUAGCAGAUCGGUCUUGGAAUUGGCAACUGAAAUGUUCCCUUUUUCCGAAAAGAUUUGGCUCACCUGGACUGCCCUGGAGAGGCGUCUCAACAGUGGCGAUCAGCUGUGGAGUGUUCUCGAGAAGGCAGUGACCAGCUGCAAAAAGUCUACUCAACUCUGGCUCUACUAUAUUCGGGAAAAGUGGCACCAUGGCAAGUUCAAGGAGUCACGUGAGAUUGUGUCACGUGCUUUUGAGGAGGUUGGCCAUGCGCAGGAGAUUUGGCUGGAGGCAGUCCAACUGGAACUUGAAGUCGGGCAGCCAGACAGAGCUAGAGAUCUGCUAGAGAAGGCACGUGACGUUGGUGUCGCACGCGAGACAUUAUGGGUCCGGGCUGUUCGUCUAGAGCGAGAGCUUGGAAAAGCACCUGCCGCCAUUUCUUUGGCUGAGAAGGCUUUGGAGGAGUUUGUUGAAUGCGAUGGAUUGUGGAUUGAGCUCGGCAAGGCUAAAACCGAAUCAUCAGGUGUGCCGGAAGCACGUGAUACGUACAUCCAGGGCACCAAGAACUGUCCCAAAUCUGUGGCCCUGUGGAUCUUGCUUGCUGCUGCUGAAGAAUCCCGUGGUGUUCAAAUCCGAGCUCGGUCUGUGCUUGAACAGGCUGCUCUGAUCAACCCUUACAAUGAAGAGCUCUGGCUGGCGCGUGUUAGACUGGAAUUGCGAGCUGGAAAUAUUGCGCAGGUUAAGGUCCUCCUCUCUCGAGCUUUGCAGGAGUGUCCCCAAAGUGGACGUCUCAUAGUGGAGAGCAUUGGACUCGAACCUCGGUCUCACCGAAAGUCCAAACUUGUCGAGGCAGUCAGCAAGAAUGAGAACGACGGCUAUAUUCUCGUGCUCCUGGCCAAAUCUCUCUGGUUGCGUAACCAGUUCGACAAGGCAUCCAAGUGGCUUACCACGGCUCUGGAGAUGGAUUCUAACAAUGGAGAUGUCUGGCUAUGGGCCUACAAGUUCUUCUCUGAGCGUGGAGAAGGCGUGGAUGAGGUGAUUGAGGGUUUCAAACAAGCCGAGCCAACCGAAGGAGAAGUUUGGAGUAGUCUCAAAGAUGAUAUUGGCAACUUUGGUAAGACAGAAGUGGAUCUUCUGAAGGAGGGAAGUUCCAAGCUUGACCUUGGAAGUAAGUAA